AUGGUUACAGCAUUCGAGCAAGGGCAGGCGCGUCGUCUCAAGAAGGUGCAGGAGCGCCAGGGGUUCUGUUGGGGCGAGGAGUCUCCAGUCACCGACGACAAGAGACGCGACUCCCGCAUUUUCGUCGUCAUCUCCUAUUAUAUCAAGAAGAUGACUAAUAAAAAUUAUAACACCACCUCCUUCCGUGCUCUCCAGGCCGACAUGUACGACACGGUUCGUGCCGCUGUUGCCCAAGACGCAGAAUCCCCCGCCUGGGCCACUCCCGCCGUCGUCCAGGGCGGCAUGAACAGCAUUCUCAAGCACGCCCGGAACAACAUCCCCUGGGCCCAGGAGAUGAGAGUGGGUGACUUCAGGGCCUUCUUUCACUCCUCGCUCCUGAACCGCGACACCUGGUGGCUAUACAACUACGACCAGGAUGAUCCCAUGAUGGCGUCCGAGCAGAUGUCUAGGCGUGGUGUCGUUGCCAUCAGCAUCGACAAUUUCCUGGACGUCUGCGACCAGAAAGACAACGAGUUUGCCGCCCACUACCCUCGUCUGACCGGCACGACUCGAGAGGGUGGUGUCCAAAGUCUCACCCGGCACUUCGACAACCUGAAGGUGGACAAUGAUGACAGCUAUGCGGACAAUCUCUUCAACGAGGACGAGUUCGAGGAUGACAAUGGCCCGAAGGUUGAUGAAGUGGAGGACUUUGGUCAUGAUGUGGAUGCGGAUGGCGACAUCGCGAUGGGAUGA